GUGUGACAUGGCACUACACAUGGCAAGAGGCCAUGCCCCCUAUAAAAGGCGUCAACGUCCGAGGGCUUUUCUUUUCCGCUUCCCCUUUCCCCCCUUCUGAAGCGGAGAGCGGCAGCUGCUUCCCCUCUUCAAUGGCUGCGGACGGAGACGAAACUAGGGUUUACUGCUCCGGUGCCGCCUCCAACUCCGACCCAACUCCUGCCGAGCUCCGGAGAGGUGCGGAUCCAUCCUCGGAUAAGCUCUUGGAGCCUUUGGAUGCAGUGGCAGAGAGGUCGACGACUCUGGAGGACGAGCCUUCUGGCUGUGUUGGAGGGGAUCCAAUGGUGAAGGUCGAGCUCGAUGCUGCUCACGCACUUGCAGAGUUUGCGCAGCUUGCGCUGAUGGCAAGCAGGGGGCUGGAGUGCCGGCGUGGGGCCGAGAGGAAAUGGGGUCGACGGGGGUGCCGUACGACGGUGCGGCGGAGGAGAGCUGAGAUUUGGGGGAAAUCGUUCCAGGAUUGCAACAAGCCUUGCUCCUGGCAGGACGCGCAGGCUCAUUGCUCGAGCAAACAAGCUCAACAGUCACAAAAAAGUCCCAAGCCAAUGCUAAAGAAACAUAUAAAGAUUGAAGAACAGCAAAUCCAGUCACCAGUUACUGAUAAAAGCCUUAAGAAGUCUGCAAAGCAGGCUGCUUUUACCAGAGGCAAGCCAAAGCAACAAUUGAGUGAGGCCGAGAAAGAGGAAAGAAGGCUGAGGAGGAUUCAAGCAAACAGAGAGUCUGCGAGGCAGACUAUCAGACGACGACAGGCCCUCUGCGAAGAGUUGACAAAGAAGGCUGCUGACCUGUCAUUAGAAAACAAGAAAAUAAAACAAGAAAUCGAGUUUGCCAUGCAAGAAUACCUUUCAUUAGUUGACACAAACAAGCGACUGAAAGAGCAGAUUGCAGAGUCAGAUAAGUAUGAAACGAAGGAUAAUCAGUCACAUGAUAUUAGGAAAGAUCCAUCAGAAGAUUCCUUGUGCAAGGCAGAAACUGCAGCACCUUCAUCCGUGCAGUUUCCCCUUCUAGUUUACAAUGGAACACCAUUUGCUCAGUUUGCAUGGCCAUCAGUACAGCCACAACCUGUUCGUUUUGAGACAAGCCUGUCUGCAACUUGCACCACGAAUCCGCCUCAUGGAAGAGUUACUUUUGGAGGACAGAAUGGAUCCAGGCCCCAACUAUUUCUAGUUCCUUGCCCAUUAAUAUAUUCUGUGAAUGAUCAAGUCUCCUGCCCAAUGCCUGCCAUUUUCAGAGAAGGCGAUGGUGGUUCAAACAAUACCCAACGUGAGACAGACCUCUCCCUGAAGUUGACGGGAGACAUUGGACCAAAUGCUCUUCAUGGCAAAACGAGCGCCUCCAAUUCAAUGAUAAGCAUCAUUAAGAAAGAAGACAGGAAUGGUGAACUAAUGGAGAGGGCAAGUGCAAGCUUGGCAGAAGGAGGAAACCACGUAUCUGGUUUUCACUCUAAAGCUCUUGCCCUCAUACCCAUCGUUGGAACCAAUGAUCCCUCAAACCAUGAGAAUUUCGUCUUGGCAGAUCUAGAUUCGAAGGAACAUGUUUCUCCCCUGCCUCAAUGUUCAAUUCUUCGUUCGUCAACACAGUUUCAAGAUAAAAAUAAAUAUAAUAAGAGAUUGACAGAUGCGGCUGCUGCAACUGAAGCCAGAAAGAGAAGGAAAGAGCUCACAAAACUUAAAAGCCUACACAGCAGGCAACUCAAGCUUCAGUGUUGAGCUGCAGAGAAAAAUUUUAGCAGCAUAACCUAUUCAAAUUUUUUGGACUAAUCCUGAGCAUUGGAACUGCUGUUUUUUUUGUCUGGUGCCUCAUGUCAAAAGACCUAAGCAUCGGAUUGUGUAAGACGUAAUCUAUGUAACAAGAAAUCAACUUUAUAGACAAUGAUGAGCCUCUCGGGAGAUCAGUGCCUUGGGCGAUACUUCAAAAUUUUCUUAUAGUAAUAGGAUUUAGCUUUUCUUUGAUAUGCCAAAGGGAUGAAAAUCGAUUGAAGUGUACAAGUUGCAAGAACAGUUGAGCAAGAACUGCAUGUAUUAAUGAGGUCCGGCACGCGAUGUGGUCUGUGCCAUUGUUUACUGUUUUCCUGUAUGAUUAUCCAAUGUUUCUUUCCAUUACUUUAACAUGGUUGUAAUCAGCGUUUUCUGUAUUUUUCUAGCAAGGAAUGUUUCUGUACUUGUAGAUUCUACUUUUGAUUGUCCUGUUUUUAUUUUC